CUAGCCUCUGGUAUCCUUACUUUGGCAACGAUUGUAUUUCAAUACAUUAUCUCCCUUUACAAAACAGUGGAUAGCUUCCGUUUAUAUCCGAAGCGUAUGUACGACCUUCUUAAUAAGUUAGAAGCUUUGAGCGUAGUGCUGGCUCCCCUUAUUAACCUGUAUCUAUUAGCGGCUGCUCUUAAAGAAAUCAGGGACUAUAAGAGUCUUAUCCAAAAUACAAAAGAAGACCUAGAAGCUUGA